CUUUCUUAUUAUUGUCACAAAGUUCUCCAAAUUUUUGUUUAAAUCACAGUAGCCUAGAUUUUGGCCAUAUUUAUGUGCUGGGUUGUGGCUUAUGCAAGUCAUUUCCCACGUAUAUAUCUUAACCUCGCUCGCAGCAAUUACUUUGGCAUUUCAGAAGUGUAAUGGCAAGUCGUUGUUUCAUGAGAAAAUGGGAAACCUGUCGUUUGGCUUCUGUAUUCCUCACAGAGCUCACCUCAAAUUCAACGAGGUGUAGCAACCUCAUCAGAGACGUUUCAACUGCAUUGUCUUCGACACACAGCAUUGCAAUGUUUGAACCCAAAAGUGUAUGGGGUUUUAGGGAAUACCACGACGGAAGACCAAGGGGUCCUCUUUGGAGAGGAAAGAAACUAAUUGGUAAAGAAGCUCUCUUUGUUAUUUCUGGGUUGAAGAGGUUUAAGGAUGAAGAGGAUACGCUUCACAAGUUCAUCAAAACUCAUGUCUUGCGACUUUUGAAGAUGGACUUGAUUGCUGUUCUUACUGAACUUGAGCGCCAACAGGAAGUUUCUCUCGCUCUCAUGGUGUUUAAUGUGAUGCAAAAGCAGGACUGGUACAAGCCUGAUAUGUUCCUGUAUAAAGAUUUAAUUAUAGCUUUGGCAAGGGCUAAAAGAAUGGAUGAUGUUUUGCAAUUGUGGGAAAGCAUGAGGAAGGAGAAUCUAUUCCCUGAUUCUCAGACUUAUACUGAAGUCAUAAGGGGAUUCUUGAGUAAUGGAUCUCCUGCAGAUGCAAUGAACAUAUAUGAGGAUAUGAAGAAUUCUCCGGAUCCACCAGAGGAGUUGCCGUUUAGAAUUUUGUUGAAAGGGCUCUUGCCACAUCCUCUUUUGAGAAACAAAGUGAAACAAGAUUUCGAGGAGAUCUUUCCUGAUUCCAGUAUCUAUGAUCCACCACAAGAGAUAUUUGGUGCACGCUGAGUUGCUCCUGGCGACGUGAUUCUUUAUGGAAGAAGCAGGAUCAUGCAACAAAUAUGGAAGUAGUAGUUGUGGCUGCAGUCAUUCAAGUUCUGUGCUGGCAAGUUAAUAGUAGAUUGAGGAUUGACGUUUACUGUUUACUGUUACUGGCAAAUAGGUAAGGUUUUGGUGUUGAAACUGAUUGAACUUCACUAAGUGUGAAAAUAUUUAUGCUCUUUUUUAGUUCAAUUUCAUCCAUCUUAUCUACAAUGUACUAAUUCUAAUUGUUAUAGAAGGAAGAAAAAAAAGGGAAUCAUCAGUAUUUUUUUCCCAGCAGUAUUUAUGAUGGAUAUUACCUUGCAUAUUGAAGGGGGUUGAAUGAAAGAGCUGCUUGUAUAUUUGUAUCUAGACCAGGUUCAAUCCAAAUUGAUUUUCUUAGAGAUCUGGUAUAACUCAAAUUCGCUUAUUUUUCAAAUGUAAUAUUCAUUUCAAAUUUCAUUCCAAUCAAAUCAUUCGCAGCUGUCAGUCUAUGUUGCCGUUACAAAAAUGUAAUGCUGAGGCGCAUCAAGUUUCACGCUCAUGUUCUUA